AUGCAGAUCAAGAACAUCAUUCCCAUGGCCCUGGCCGGCGUUGCGUUCGCCCAGGACGGCGCCCAGCAGAACUUGACCGCCGCUCUGGCUUCCCAGAACUCGAGCUUGUCGUCGCUUACUAGCCUUCUUGGUACCCAGCCCGGCCUUGUACAGGCUCUCUCGCAGGCUCAGAACAUCACCAUCCUGGCCCCGAGCAAUGAGGCCCUCGAGGCAUUCAUCGCAAGUGCCGGCGCUGCCGCUACCGACGCUGGCCUCGUUGCCGCCAUUCUCCAGUACCACGUCCUGAACGGCACAUACUACGCCUCCAACUUCACCGAGGAGCCCCAGUUCAUCCCCACUCUCCUCCAGAACCAGACCUACGCCAACAUCACCGGCGGCCAGCGCGUUCAGGCCCAGACCGUAGACGGCAACGUCACCUUCUACUCGGCUCUGAGAGAGAACUCGACCGUCACGACCGGCAACGUCAACUUCACCGCCGGUACCAUUCACGUGAUUGACAAGGUCCUGAGUGUCCCUCAAGGUAUCGCUGACACCCUCCGUGCCGCCAACCUCACUGCAGCUUUGGGUGCCGUCCAGGCCGCCAACGUCACUGAGGCCCUCACUUCUGCCAAGGACUUGACCAUAUUCAUCCCCAACAACGAGGCCUUCCGUGCCAUCGGUAACCUCUCCGCAACCCUUGGCUCUGAGCUCCCCAACAUUCUCCAGUACCACGUUGUCGCCGGCUCUGUUCUCUACAGCCCCGAUAUCACCAACACCUCCCUGACCACCCUCAACGGCGCCAAUAUCACUGUCAGCGUCAUCAACGAAACCGUCUACGUCAACAACGCCGAGGUUGUUAUCCCCAACGUCCUAGUUGCAAACGGUGUCGUGCAUGUCAUUGACAACCUUUUGAACCCUAACAACACCGCGGCCGAGCCCGACACCACCGCCACGAGCCGCCCUCCCGCGUACACCGGUGCCGGUCCUGCUACUGACGGCAGCAACCCGUUCACCAGCGGUGUUACCGGCCCUACCUCCACCGCCCCUGUGGCGACUGAGACCGGCGCCAACGACGGCGGCGGUGUCCGCACCACCUCCUCUUCCACUGAGGCUGCUCCCAUGCGCACUGCUGCUGUAGGCGCUGCUGCUCUUUUCGGAGGCAUGGCCGCUUACAUGAACAUGUAA